AUGGGUUUGAUCAAAACUACCAUCAUCGCCGGUACCGGCAUCUACGCCGUGAACAAGAUCACCAAAGCGGCCGAAAACCGACGCACAACCCCUGCGCCAGUCGCCGCCGUACAGGACAGCAACUACUCGCGCCAACAACAAGUUGACGCCCCCCCUAGCUACUACCCUGUUCCUUACCAGCAGGCAGGGCCGUCGCAAGAAAAAGUCGUGCCAAUGGAAUUUCAAUACACCGAGCGGCGCGGUCCACAACAAGACCUGCAGCAACAGCAGAAGCAGCAAGGCCACGCUCAAGUUCUAUCGGCAAAUAACAGCGCCUACGCGCCCUUGCCAUAUGGCUAUGACAACCACCAGCCUGCAUACGAAUAUGCGCCGGAACAUGCAGAUAUGUACGCCGCCGGCAGCGCCCCGCUGCCACAAUACGAUAGUUGGCGACAGCGGCGCCACCAGCAGGGCUUCGUUGAGCCGGACGAGGUCUCCAACUCAACAACCUUCGAUGGGCAGCCGAGCAGACGCGGGAACACGGGGAGAACAACAGGGCUGUUGGAUACACUGGCUCAACAGGCUGAGAAUCUGAGGGAUGGCAAAGGGAAGGAUAUUGUUGGGAAAUUGCUCUCUAGAUGA